AUGUUAACUUCUACCCUUGAAAAAGACAAGACAGCCAGAAUGAGUGAAGAAAAGUGUCUCAUUCAGCAGUCAGAAACAGGAGAUAUCUCUGCCUCAUUCAGUCAGUCUAAAGCCUCCGUUUUAAAUAAAGAUGACCUUAAAGAGAACUUAGAACCACCUUCUAAUGUGGAUGAAAUUCCUCUGACCGAUCAGGUCUCAAACCAGCAAGGUGACCUAAAACAAAGUGCAGAUGAUAUAAAUGAAGUGGCAGAUGAAGAGGCACUGUUCGGUGAUACAGAAGGCAUACAGGAGAGUGAAUUUCAAUACUGCAGUAAUGAAGAUUUAAAUUUUGUUGGGCCUACAGGCUCAUCAACCCCUCUGUUAGCAAGAGCAACAUCUGAAGGAUCAGUCACAGAAGAGACAUCUGACUUGAAGACUUCUUCCCUAACAAGGGACUGCUGUCUCACCGGAGAUCCUGAUGAAGAUAAUGACAACAUAUCCCAGGUUUCUUGUGGGUGCAGUUACCAUGAAGAUGGAGAGUGUACUAAUGUUCCUGUUGUUAAAGCACAACCUCGGGAGAGUCUUAUGAUACCUGGGGCAAUUCAAGUGCCGAUUGUGGGACAUGAAACAAUGGAAGCCAGAUCAAAGUUCACAGUGUUCAAGAUUCAUGUCAUGAUAGAGGAAGAUGAAGUUGGCUGGUUCAUAUUUCGUAGAUAUUCAGAUUUUGUUCACCUCAAUGAUCAGCUCAGAGUCUUGUACCCAAGCUUUCGAUUUACACUGCCCCCAAAACGUUGGCUUCGAAGCAACUUUGAUUUAGACUUUCUUGAGGAGAGACAGAAAGGCUUGCAAAUCUAUGUGGAUAACAUCACAGGCCACAGGGACAUCUGCAACAGCAAGCCAGUGAGAGACUUUUUUUGUUUUGAUGACCCACCAGGACCAUACGACAGCCUUGAGGAAAGCAGGGCCCAGUGUGAAUGCAUGGAAGAGAUGGUCUACUUACUCCGCAAGGAACUUUCAGAGAAAGAUACAGAGAUGGAACUUCUGAAAGAAGAACUUAAUCUGUACAAAAAUCAAGUGCAACUGCUGACAAGCCGCCUUAGUGAACUUAACAAAGUGAGCACUGUGGAAAAACCAGCCUCAGAGAAACGGCGUUCCCUUGCAGGAGAUGGACGCUUCAGCAUUGCUUCGAUGUUCGGCUCCAGUGACUUACAGCUCAUAAGUAAACUGGACACAAUUGCAGAUUUCAA